UAACUGCUCGGUUAGUUCCUAACUUGUUUGAGAGUUCUUCAUCGGGUGAAACAUGUCUCUUUUCUCUAAAGCUACGCCGAUAAUGUGCUACAUGCCUGGUUCUUGAAGAUUUGGUAGGCUUUUGCUGUUUCCAAUUAGCUUUGCUGUUUUCAGUCUUCUAGAAAGAACAGGCAGAUGCAGGCUCUCCUCCCCCAUCAUCAUCACCACUUUGCUCCACUAGACCUAAGUUAGUGAGUGAUGUCUGGUUAAUGAUGGGGUUAUAUCUUCUGUGUCUCCUCUGCCUUUAUGCUCCGGGUUUAAAGUUUCACUUUCUGGAACCUGGACUGAGUGUGCUUCUUUAAUCAGUAGCAGAUUUGGUUUGUUCCUCAAGGUUCCCAAGCAUAUCUCCAGUUGUCACACUGUUGCAGCAGGCCUUUGCCUGGACGGCGGAUCGUUCUUUCUGGCUUUCUUUCAUCUGUUGAUAGGGAUUGUGGGGGGUGAUUCUUGAAGGGACUAGUUACUUUUUACCUCUCUGUUAAGGAUUACCAGUUGAGUUGUUCAUGUGAUGCAAAAGGGUUUUGCAGGCUUCGUAAACUUUUACUCUGUAUUCAAGUGAACUAAGGAGGAUUGGUGUUUUUAGACAAUUGGACAUGUAUUCAGGCCAGCAAUCUGAUCAGGGUCCUGUUGCAAACAGUGGUAAAGAGUUCCUGGAGGGGAAUUGGGGUUCUGUGGCAAUGCAUCAAAACAUGGGGUAUAGCAGUGGGACAUAUGGAUUUCAAGCUUGCAGCAUGGAGUUCGAAGAAAAGCCGGGGCUAUAUAGAACUUCUACUGGUGCAUUCUGUCAGAACAUCCAGAUGAGUGAUGAGCAUAGUGGUGGUGUGAAGAAAAGGAAGGGAACAGAUGACUGCAUUGCUUUGCUAAACCCAUCAGCCAGUAGCAGCAUGCAGAAUGUGGGUGAUCUACAAACAGAGGUUUCAUCUCAGCCAGAAAGGAAUUCGGUGGAGGAGGACAACAGAAAGAUUUCAUCGAGAACGCAAAGCAAGGAAGGAUCUUCUGAUGGCGAUGGCACUAAAGAUUAUGUUCAUAUGCGGGCAAAGAGAGGCCAAGCCACUAACAGCCACAGCCUUGCAGAAAGGAUGAGGAGAAAAAAGAUAAGUGAGAGAAUGAAGCUUCUUCAGGAUCUUGUUCCAGGAUGUAGUAAGAUUACUGGCAAGGCAGUGAUGCUUGAUGAGAUAAUCAAUUAUGUGCAGUCCUUGCAACGUCAAGUUGAGUUCUUGUCGAUGAAACUUGCAACCGUCAACCCUGAGCUUGGCUUUGAUAUUGAGCAGAUUCUAUCCAAACAAAUGAUGCUUCCACAAGAUAGACAUCUUGCUUUCUAUGGAGCUGGCCCAGGAUCAAACACCCUUACUGCUCAUUUUAACCAAGGAAUCAUGCAGCCAGAUAUGAUGUGCAACGCUUCCAAUCCUGUGGGUGUUUUGCACGGAGGGUUCCACGACAUCUCCACAAUGCAUCAGAUGCCUGAAAUGUGGGAAGCGCUUCAAAACAUCCCUCAUAUGAACUUCAACCCUGCUGCGGCCACAGAUAGCAGCACCAACAAUGCUGGUUCCAUGAAGAUUGAACAGUGAGUUACUGGUAUAACUCUGGAGUUGUUCUGUGAACCGUAACGCGCUUGCAGAAUUAAGUUUUGUAUAGCUGGAGGUCUAACCAUUUGUUGCUGGUUUCCUACUCUUUGCUCCCCAACCCCGUAGUGUAUGGUUAAUGGUACCCUAUCUAAAGACCUCAUGUACAGAUGGGCUCAAGAACUGAUUCUACUGUUAAGUUUCUUUCACGCUUCAGCUUGUUGAAAGCGGGAACCCCAUAUUGUUCAUGAAUUCCAGGCUUGGGAGCCAUAUGUUGAUGCCCUAAGCUUACUUAGUAGACUGGCUUAUUAUUAGAAUUGUUGGUACAAACAUCCAAAAAUAUUAAUGAGAUGGCUUUGUGGGGAGUUUCAUGAA